CUUUCGUCGGUUCUCGUCCGCCUCUUUCUUCUUCUGGUGUGUGUGGAGCAGCAGGAAGCGACGGGCUGAAGGUCUGAGCAGGCUCAUCAUGCUGUCUGGGUGGCCACGCCCCUCCUGGCCCCGCCCCUCACUGCUCCUCCUCUUCCUCCUCGUUGGAUCAGCUGCUUCCUCUCCGUCAGCUGUCAACACCAGCGAGGCCCGUCGGGUGGUGACUCUGGCGGCCAUCUUGCCCCUGACGAACACGGACUACGCGUGGGCGUGGCCUCGCGUGGCGCCGGCGCUCCUCCAGGCGGUGCAGCGGGUAAACUCUGACCCCUGGCUGCUGCCGGGCCUGAAGCUCCAGCUGGUUCACGGCAGCUCGGAGAACCCGGACGGGUUCUGCUCGGACUCCAUGGCGCCGCUGGUGGCGGUGGACCUGAAGCUGGCCCACGACCCCUGGGCCUUCGUCGGGCCCGGCUGCGACUACUCGUCCUCGCCGGUGGCCCGCUUCACCACGCACUGGGACGUUCCCAUGGUGACGGCCGGCGCCCGCGCCAUCGGCUUUGAGCGCUACGCGGCGGUCACCAACACGGGCCCCACCCACCGGAAGCUGGGCGAGUUCGGCGUGCGGCUCCAGGACGCCUUCGGCUGGCGGCGCCACGCCAUGCUGCUCUUCAGCGACAACAAGGACGCCAACGACGACCGGCCCUGCUACUUCGCCGUGGAGGGCCUCUACACGCUGCUGGGACGCCACAACGUCAGCAUCCGGGACCACGUGAUCGAUGCCGACAGCCUCAACCUCAAGAGCGUGGUGCAGGAGAUCCAACAGCACGGCCGAGUGGUGUACCUCUGCUGCUCCUGGGACAUCCUCAGAAGUCUGAUGGUCCAGUUCUGGAAGGAGGGGGUGGAGUUGGAGGACUACGUCUUCUUCUUCAUUGAUCUUUUUGCGGAGGGUCUGGGGCGGGGCCCCGUCCGGCCGUGGUUCAGAGGAGACCAGGACGACUUCGCUGCCCGCCGCGCUUUCAGGAGUGUGAAGGUUCUAACCUACCUGGAGCCUCAGAAUCCAGAAUAUCUUCAGUUUGUUGAAACUCUGAAGAACGACGCAAAGACAAUGUUCAACUUCAACAUCAAAGACUCUCUGUAUAACCUGAUCGCUGCAGGUUUCCAUGAUGGAGUCAUGAUGUACUCUCAGGCUCUGAACGAGACACUGAGUGAGCAGAGACCAGGACCAGGACCAGGAGGGGUGUGGAGGCCCAGAGGAGACGAGGUGACCAAGAGGAUGUGGAACAGGACCUUCUCAGGAGUGAUGGGGCCGGUGGAGAUGGACGAGUUUGGGGACAGACAGAUGGACUUUGCUGUUUGGGACACGAUCGACGUUGAGUCUGGAGAGUUCCAGGUAGUGUGUGUGUACAACAGCAGCAUGAAACAGCUGGUCAUGCAGAGUGGGCGGAGCUUCCAGUGGCCAGGUGGCUCUCCACCUCCAGAUGUCCCAGAGUGUGGCUUCAAGAACGACCAACCCUGCCUCGCACGUACAGUUACGAUGCAUCAGAUGGUUGCCAUAGUGAUCUGCUUCGUCUUUGUUAUCAUUGUUACUGUGACUGUCUUCAUUUACAGGAAGUUGAAGCUGGAGAGCGAGUUGGCGGCUCAGCUGUGGAGAGUUUCAUGGGACGACGUCCAGAUGAGCAACCUGGAUAAAGUUCUGAGGAGAACCUGCAGCAGACUCACCAUGUCACUGAAAGGAUCCAACUGCGGCUCUCUGAUUACCAUGGAGGGGAACUUCCAGAUCUACACCAAAACUGGAUACUACAAGGGAAACCUGGCAGCUAUCAAGUAUAUCAACAAGAAACGUAUCGAACUGACCAGGAAGGUCCUGUUUGAACUAAAACAUAUGCGAGAUGUUCAGAAUGAGCACCUGACACGCUUCAUUGGUUCCUGCGUUGAUACACCAAACAUGUGCAUCAUCACAGAGUAUUGUCCCAGAGGCAGCCUACAGGACCUGAUGGAGAGCGACAGCAUCACUCUGGACUGGAUGUUCAGAUACUCUCUCAUCAAUGACAUCGUCAAGGGCAUGUUGUUCCUCCACAACAGCGUCAUCGUCUCCCACGGUAACCUGAAGUCCUCUAACUGUGUGGUGGACAGUCGCUUCGUCCUGAAGAUCACUGAUUAUGGUCUGGAGAGUCUCCGGACCGCCAACUGUCCCGAGGACACACACGCGUACUACGCACGUAAACUGUGGACGGCACCGGAGCUGCUGAGGGCAGAGUGCCCCCCCCUUGGGACUCAGAAAGGAGACGUUUACAGCUUCAGCAUCAUCCUGCAGGAGGUGGCUCUGCUGAGAGGAGUCUUUUACCUGGACUCACACACUCUGACUCCUAAAGAGAUCGUCAUGGCGGUGCGGCGUGGAGGUGCCCCGUCCCUCCGUCCCUCCCUCUGCCUCCACAGUCACAGUGAGGAUCUGGGGGUCCUGAUGCAGCGCUGCUGGAGCCAGGAGCCCACCGAGAGACCGGACUUCAACAGCAUCAAGAUCCUGCUGAGGAAGCAGCACAGGGGUUAUGGUUCAAACAUCCUGGACAACCUUCUGUCUCGUAUGGAGCAGUACGCCAAUAACCUGGAGGAGCUGGUGGAGGAACGAACCGCCGCAUAUCACGAGGAGAAACGCAAGGCUGAGACUCUGCUGUACCAGAUACUACCUCACUCAGUAGCGGAGCAGUUGAAACGAGGUGAGACGGUUCAGGCCGAAGCUUUUGACUCCGUCACCAUUUACUUCAGUGACAUCAUCGGCUUCACCGCGUUGUCGGCUGAGAGCACACCACUGCAGGUCGUGACCUUGUUGAACGACCUCUACACCUGCUUUGACGCCAUCAUCGACAACUUUGAUGUUUACAAGGUGGAGACCAUCGGCGACGCCUACAUGGUGGUGUCCGGUCUGCCGGUGAGGAACGGGAAGCUCCACGGACGGGAGGUGGCCCGGAUGUCUCUCGCCCUGCUGGACGCCGUCAAGAGCUUCAGGAUCCGACACCGAGCCAAUCAGCAGCUCCGGCUCCGCAUCGGCAUUCACAGCGGUCCAGUGUGUGCAGGUGUGGUCGGGCUGAAGAUGCCGAGGUACUGUCUUUUCGGAGACACAGUCAACACAGCGUCACGCAUGGAGUCCAAUGGAGAGGCUCUGAGGAUUCACGUUUCCGAGGCGACCCGAGACGUUCUGCAGGAGUUCAACUGUUUCCAGCUGCAGUUUAGAGGAGAAAUCCAGAUGAAGGGAAAAGGAACCAUGAGGACGUUCUGGCUGCUGGGAGAGGAGGACUGAAGGAGGAGAGGAGAGGAGGGAGGAGGAGAGGAGGAGACAGACUGAAGGAGGAGAGGAGGAGGACUGAAGGAAUACAGGAGGAUGAAUGAAGGAGGAGAGGAGGACGCAGACUGAAGGAGAGGAGGAGGACUGAAGGAGGAGGAGAGGAGGACGCAGACUGAAGGAGAGGAGGAGGACUGAAGGAGGAGGAGAGGAGGACACAGACUGGAGGAGGAGAGGAGGACACAGACUGAAGAGGGGGCGGGGUUUAGUAACCCCGCCCCUCCUCUCUGAUUGGAUGUUGCCCUCUGACAUCUUUUAAAGUGACAGAAACACAAACAGAGGAAUGUUUGACUUUAAAGAGAAAUCCUCUGAAGUUUAUUGUGUAGAAACAAAGACUCUUGUGCUUUAUUCUCUUUGUGUCGUUAUUACUGAUUAAUUAACCCUUUUUUUAUUUUCACUUAUGUUCAAAUCCUUUCCAAGAUGUUUUCUCAACCAAAGACAACGUAUUUUAAAUGAGUUAUUAGAGACUUUAUCCUCCUUAUAUGUUUACUGUGUUUUUGUCUGUAGACGUAUUGAUCAUUUUAGAUGACCUGCUGUAAAGUGACUAUAAAUCAAUUAAAAACGAGUUUGUUAGAAGGGUUUCCUAAUGUUGGUCCCAAUUCUCAAAAAAACCAAGAAAAACCUGAAAACUUCUUGGAAAUAAUUAAUGAAUUAAUUUGUAAGUGGAAGAGCCUGUGAAAUAAAGAGGGAAUAAAAACUACAU